AUGAUGUGUGAUGCAGAAAAGGCAUACCUUGACGAACAUCUGAAGGACUAUUCGACUUUAGAACUUCCGCAACCUUCCGAGACUAUUCAUGGUGUCAGACAUGCACACUCUACCAGUAAACGCUACGUUUCAGAUGAGGCCAUCCAACCCACGGAUGAGUUGGCCGGCAUAACUUCUAUCGGCCAGACACCACUCGUUUUUGUGGAUCCUGGGGUAAUGCGAACGCACAAUACUAUUUGA